GAGGAAAAAAGGCACUUCACACAGCACAAAGUACAGGAUCUUUGCGGAGCACAAAAUCAAAAUGAUCUGAUUUGAAUUCAUGACAUAUAUACCCUCUCGUAUCUCGUGAAUUGGCUUCCAUGCCUUCCCUUCGUCUGCAGUCGUUCUCUCCAAUCUUCCGCCGCCGAGUUUCGACAGAGGCCUUACAGUCCUCUCUACAUAAGAAGCUCACAUCGCGCAGGCCAAAUACGAUCUUCGAUUACCUUUCACCGACGCCCUCGCACCUCCUCAACCUCUCGCUCGCAGAUUUCUUACCGGAAACAUGCUAUCCACCCGGAUUCCCGACCGAGAAUCUCGAGCUUCCCCAUCUAGCCCGCCAUAAGGCUUCUCCCUCGAGCGUCCUUCCUCAGGGACACCAUCUCGUAUACUUCUCGCCUCAGGUUCCAAGUAGUAAGCUUCUGCCAGAUGGUACGGAUCCACUACAAUGGCCCGGCGAGCCUUUUGUACGUCGACUGUGGGCUGGUGGGGCGCUGCUCUUCAACAACGACCCAAAUAACCGGCUUGGACUCGACAAUCGACGCGCGUAUUGCAGAGAACAUAUGCCAAAUGUCUUAGUCAAAGGAUCACAGGGCGAUGAGAAGGUGUUUGUGAAUAUUGAGAGGCAGAUAGGAUAUUGUGGGAACACAUCUGAUACUGCGGGGCCAUUUUGUGGGAGUGGUGCUGGGUCUACUAUUGAGGAGGAUCGCCAGACGGAUGCCGAUGCCGAGUUCUCACCAGCAAUUGUAGAGACUAGGGACAUUGUCUUUAUGCGGGAGAAAUCAAUAGCUGCUAUCAAGGAAGACAUCUCUAGACCUGUGAAGAUACUGAAGCCGUCUCUUAUUCCCGAAUUCAGUGUCUCUUUAACACCAACACAAUCCCUCUUGUUCCGCUUCUCAGCCCUUACGUUUAAUGCGCACGCUAUCCAUCUCGAUCCCCAAUACUGCCGAGAGGUAGAAGGGCACCGGGACCUUUUGGUACACGGCCCUUUGACUCUAGUGCUGAUGCUCUCGGUGUUGCGAUCCCAGUUGAAGGAUGGGGAGAUGGUGAGGCGGUUCGAUUACAGGAAUCUAGCACCACUGUAUGCCAACGAGGAACUAAGAAUUUGUGUCAGGAAGGAUAGGAGAGCGAAGGGAAACAAGUAUGAUGUCUGGAUUGAGGGCAAGGAAGGCGGGUAUGCCGUGAAGGGAUCGGCUAUCGUCGAGGAGUAAUAAAUACGAAGAGGAGGGCUGCCACAGCGGGGCCUGGUCCCUGAAGUUCAUAUGAAGCGCCGUAACUCCGUGAGCUAUUACGAUUUACAGAGGGUGUUUGGGCAGCCGCGUGUUUUGAACAUCGACUCGCUUGGCCGGGGACAAAGCCAGGGUCCUUUGUCUUGCGGGCAUGUCCAACACCCUCCUCGGCGAAGAGCGGAGACAAUACGAGAAGAUGGCACCGCUACCCCAAUGGCCAUAGGGGAGAGGAUGAAGCAGUGCGCACACAGUUGCACAUGGUCCUGUACGGGGUAGUACUUUGGAGAGCUCUGGGUUCCAGGGUGUUGUUGACUUGUUACAGAAGUCUGGCAGGGAUUAUCCUAAUUAUUCUAAUGAUAGAAAUUGACAGUCCUUAAUCACCCA